AUGUUACAAUAUACACUUCCAUUAACUAUAUCAGAAAAUCCUGAUCAAAUUCCAUCACAACCAUCAGUAACACCAUCAACAAUAGAAAAUAAUGUUGAAAUAAAUCAAAUGAUGGAAUUAAUGGUUAAUAGAGAUAAUAUUAAUCAACAAUCAACAAAUAUACAAAAUGAUCAUUAUCAUAAUUAUAGUUUAUAUCAAGGUGAUGGUGAUCAUCUAUCACAAUCAAGUUCAACAACAAAUGAAGAUGGUCAACAAGAUCAUAAUAAUGAUGAUAAUAAUAUAAGAUCAACACCAUCAUAA